AUUGGUUGUUUGUGCUUUCCGUCACUAUGACGUUGACACAGCUUCCGUGUUUUUGUUUCUUGUCGCUAAUGUACAUGUGGGUCUACUGGAGAGACUUAAAUAAGAAACAGCAGGUCAGGCUGAGCUGAACUGAGUGGUGAGUAUGGAACCGGGCAGUAUGGAACCUGGCAGUAUGGAACCGGGCAGUAUGGAACCGGGCAGUAUGGAACCUGGCAGUAUGGAACCGGGCAGUAUGGAACCUGGCAGUAUGGAACCGGGCAGUAUGGAACCGGGCAGUGUGGAACCGACCAGUGAGCAACCAGACAGCGGUAUGGAACCUGGCAGUGUGGAACCGACCAGUAUGGAACCGGUGGAAACUACCAGGGUUGUGGAAUCGGCCAGCGGUGUGGAACCGUCCAGAGGUGUGGAACCGGCCAGUGUUGACAGUCUGAAGGUUCUGUAUCAGAGCUGUGACUACAUCAUAGUGGAUAAGCACUGGGACAUCCGCAUCGACAGCAAGAUGUGGUACGAGAAACACACGGUCCAGAAACAGCUGGGGCUGCGUUUCCCUGAGCUGGCCGACCCCGGGACGUACUAUGGGUUCAGGUUCUGUCACCAGCUGGACUACUCCACCAGUGGGGUUCUGUGUGUGGCUCUGAACAAGGCUGCUGCUGGCCGGGUCUACCACUGCUUUAAAGACCGCAGAGCUACCAAGGUCUACCUAGCACUGGUGAGAAGCUGGGUGGAGGAGGAGAAGAUGACUGUAGAUUUCUCCAUCGGUCAAAACACCACAGAGGGAAGAACACACAUGAUGUGUAUCCAAGGAACAGACGGUUGUGAGAAGCCCAAGCCCUGUCGGACACAGCUCACAGUGUUGGAGUACGGAGCUUAUGAUGGAGACCCUGUUACCAAGGUGAUGCUGCAACCUCUGACAGGUCGAACCCACCAGCUGAGGGUCCACUGUGAGGCGGUAGGUCACCCCAUCGUAGGAGACUACACCUACAGCCUGGGAGAAGACAGCGCCCCCUAUCGUAUGAUGCUGCACGCCCACCUCCUACACCUCCCUCUGGAGCCUCUCCCCCUGCAGGCCGUCGCUCCUGACCCCUUCACCACGCCCACUGACCCCCGAUGGCGCCCGCAGCACUGCCUCCGGACUGUAGAGGGAGCCGUGGAGACCCUGCUGGAGCGCAGGGCGGCGGAGGAGAGGACGGAGCAGGAGGAGGAGAAGAGGCAGCAGGAGGAGAGGAGGAAGCAGCAGGAGGAGAGGAGGAGGAGGGGGAGAGAGGAGAGUGCGGAGCAGAGGAGGACGUGUCAGCAGUGGUUGUCUGAGUGGACUGAUGUCUGAAUUCUCCAUCCUUCCUCCUCUCUUCAUCCCCAUCCCUUCUUCUUCUUCUAUCUUCAUCCCCCAUCCCUCCUCCUCCUCCUCUCUUCAUCCCCCAUCCCUCCUUCUCUUCCUCCUAUCUUCAUCUCUCAUCCCUUCUCCUCUCUUCAUCCCGCAUCCCUUCUCCUCUCUUCAUCCCCCAUCCCUUCUCCUCCUCCUCUCUUCAUCCCUUCUGCUCCUCUCUUCAUCCCCCCAUCCCCCAUCCCUUCUCCUCCUCCUCUCUUCAUCCUCCAUCCCUCCUCCUCUCUUCAUCCCUUCUCCUCUCUUCAUCCCCAUCCCUUCUCCUCCUCCUCUCUUCAUCCCUUCUGCUCCUCUCUUCAUCCUCUCGUCAUCCCUCCUCCUCCUCUCUUCAUCCCCCCAUCCCCCAUCCCUUCUGCUUCAUCACCCACUCCUCUGUUAACCUCUCCUUGAGACUCUGCAACGAAAAAAGCAUCGUUUAAUAUUUGAUCUGUAUGGGAAAGACAGAAAAAAAUGGGGAACUAAUGCCUCUCUGCUUGUCACUCAGUAUUCAAGAGAUGGAUUUGUGUGAGUCUGGUGGGAGAGUAGCACAGCAGGAGUCCUACUGUCUUCCCUCCGUCUCACAUUGAACAGAAGUCUGGAAAAUCAAUACUUACUCUUCGAAAACAGCAUUUUUAAUGGCACUUAUUUGACCAUUUUGAAAUGUUUUUACUGCUGUUUUGAAGUUGCUCUCUGGAUUAGAGUGUCUGCUAAAUGACUAAAAUGGAAGCCAUAUCAAAGAUUUACAGUUUAUACACCUCUUCUUCUCUGGUAAUAUGAAUCAUGACCCCUUUCCCGGGUCAGGGGAUGGCAAAAUAAAAAUAUAUUAUUUGAUCUAUUUUUGUUGACAAUUCAAAGUUACAAUAUGAAAAAUAAAGCAUUCAUUGCAGAUUGGAAA